AGAAUUUCGGCACAUCGAUCAAGCCAGAGAGACCCAACAUGGUGGCUCGUCAAACAGGCCAUGCACCACAAACAUGGCUAAAUCCUAGGCCCCACGCUCCCUGGACACGUGUCUUCCUCUGAAUAUGCCCAUACAGUUGGCCCCUUUCUUUUAGGCAUUCCCAAUACUCCCUUCCUUCAAUCACUUUGACAUUUCCUUUGUACCUGCAGACUACUCACUCACCAACUUGCAGAGAGAAGAAGAAAAAAAAAAUGAAGAUCUUCAACUGGGUACACAAGAGGUUUCAUCACACUGUCCUCAAGGAUGGGCUUGCUCGAAACGUGAAAACAACUGAAUCAACUACUAAUAACAGUGACAAGCAAGCGUUACUGAAACAAGUGGCCCUUGCUGAAGUGCUUGAUGGUUGGAGGGAUGGCAUUCUAACCAUUGGAACGUUUGGGUUUGAUCCUCUAAAACCCUUUAACCAACAAAAGGAAUAUUUGGUUUUGGAAAGUGAGGAAGAGGAUGAUGAUAUUGAGGAGGCUGAAGUUGGACAAUAUUCCAAUGAUGAGGACGGGGAUGGUGAUGACAGCGACGAAAAUGCCCAACAUGAAGAGCUGAAUCCAUUGAUGUUCACAACAUUUGAACACAAUUUUGAGGAUUUGGAAUCAAACCCUGACCAUGACAUUAAUGUUUGUAAACCUGAUGUGAUUAUGACUGUUGAUGGUGUUCCUCUAACUCCUCCAGAAUAUGAUGAAUUGGACAACAGGGAGGGAGAGGAAAAGAAAAAGAAGGGAGAAAGAAUAACACUGGCCGACCUUUUCUUGGCUGAUGCUGAUGUGAAAGAGAAACUUGAUCCCGACCACUUCUUCCCAAAUCCUGGUAAAAAAACAGUGCUUCGAACCAAGAAUGGUCUUUCUUUUGCCAAGAAGUUUAUUCCUCGUGUCAAAGGAGUUAAAGAGGAUUCAAGUCCAAUAAAAAAUCUGCAACGACUUAUGAGGAAAAUGUUGAAGAGGAAGAUCCAUCCAGAGUUUGAAGUCAAGAUACACAAAUCAGAAAGUCAGACGCCUGGAGAAACAGGAGUUAUCACCAAUGAUGAACAUGGAGUCUCUGAAUCAGUCACUCUACUUCCAACUCAAGGUGCUACAGUCUGAAAUUUCAUCUGAAUAAUGGCCUGGUCUCCUAGAAAUGUGUAUUUUUUUUUUUUUUUUGUUAUAAAAUAACUUUUCAAGGACAAUAUUAAUUAGGUUUUCUUGUUUAUGAACUACUGGACCAUGUGAUUCUGUUUUGUAAGGUUCCUCCAAUGUUUUGGCUUUAGUGUAUGAUUGAAGUUUGAUUUGUUGCGUAGUUGACAAACUACAAUGGUUUAUGUUUUGGUAUUUGGAUGCAUCAUGUUAGGUAUGUGGGAUUGGACUUUAAUGCUACAAGCCUACAAUAGAAUGAAAAUGGUACUAAUUCUUGAA